AUGGUUAAAAUUGUUCUGACGGGUUCAACUGGUGAACUUGGUUCAAGUGUUUUACGACAUUUAUUUGGACUUGGCGUCAAUCCUAAAGAAAUAAUAUUAUCUGUUUAUAAUCCAAAAGAUCCUGAUCCUGAAUUAGCGAAAAUUGUUUUCGAUGUGCGUCAUGGUGAUUAUAAGCGACAAGAAACUCUUGAAAAAGCGUUUCAAGUUGCAGAAAUUUUAUUUCUUGUUUCAUCAACAACAAUGAUUCAUGAGAAACGAACAGAAGAACAUCGAAAUGCUAUUGACGCAGCAAAAAACGUCGGUAUUAAGCAUAUAUUAUAUACAAGUUUGGCAUGUGGUGAUACUCGAGAAACACAAAUAAUGAUAGCACCUUUAGAUAUGGAAGAUUUAAUUAAAGCGUCAGGUCUCAAAUAUACAAUUAUUCGCGAAGGAAUCUAUUCAGAAAUGUUUCAAAGUUUUAUUGGAUGUUGCGAUGCUUGGACAACAACUGAAAUAGUUGUGCCGGCUGAUGGUGGUAUUAGUUUUGCUGGAAGAGACGAUUUAGGUGAAGGAACAGCAAAAAUCUUAGCAUCAGCAAAUAAAUAUGAAAAUAAAACAAUUUUCUUAACUGGUUCAAAAGCUUAUACAUUGAAAGAAAUAGCUUUAUUUGUAUCAAAAAUCUUAGGUUGUAAUAUUCCAUUACGCUUUGUUUCAUCAGAAGAAUAUACUAACCAAUAUUUGAAUGGUAAAGAUGAAUAUUGGAUUCGACUUUGGGCAACAACUUAUCCAGCUUUACAACGUGGAGAAUUAGGAAGAGUUUAUUCUACUUUAGAAAAUUUAUCGGGACGAAAACCAAAAAGUUUAGAACAAACUAUUAAAGAAAUAUUAACAGACAAACAGACAGGUGAAAAAGAAUCAAAAGCUCACAACAAAUAUUGGCAAGCAUCAACAUUUAACAACAAAUAA